AUGGCUCCGCAAAUCGAGGACUUGACUGGCCGGGAUAUGGCGGCAAAAUCUCCGGAGGAUUUUGAUCAUAUUCGAUUCAGAGUUGGAAAUGCUAAGCAGGCGGCGUUUUGGUUCUGCGCCAGCUUUGGCUUCCAGCCAUUCGCAUACAAGGGCCUGGAAACUGGAUGCAAAGAGCUGACAGCCCACGCUAUCAAGACUGGAAAGAUCAUCCUUGUCUUCGAAGGCACAACCGGUCCUGACAAUAAGAACUUUGGAGACUACCUGACCAAGCAUGGUGAUUCCGUUCAAGAUGUUGCCUUUCAGGUCGACGACCUCGAGGUAUUUCUGGAGCAUGCACGGGCCAAGAAAACGAAGAUUGUUCGUGAGAUGACGGUGGAAUCUGAUGAAUACGGGGUGGUGAAGUAUGCGUCGAUCCUCGCGUUUGGUGACGUCAUUCACACACUAAUCGAACGCAAAAACUACCGCGGCCUCUUCUUGCCCGGAUUCAGAGCGCAUCAUUGGGACGGACAGUGCUUUGACCACCUCCCAAAGACUGAUCUCAAAACCAUCGAUCACUUUGUCGGCGCCCAACCUGAGGAUGAGAUGGAAUCUGUGGUCGAUUGUGGUGUCGAGCUGCUCGACGUCCCCGAUAAGUACUAUGACGUCAUCAGGGAAAAGCUGAGCAAAAGCAAUUGUCCGAUUGAUGCCGAUCUCGAUAAACUACAAGAAUUGAACAUCUUCAUCGAUUUUGACGAGAAGGGAUAUAUCCUCCAAAAAUUCACCAAGCCACUCGAUGAUCGUCCUACACUCUUCUUCGAAGUCAUCGAGAGACACAAUUUCAAGGGCUUCGGAGCCGGUAACUUUUUCGCAAUCUUCGAGGCUAUUGAACGGCAACAGAUGGAAAGAAACACCUUUUAUGGGGAGUCCAAC